GAUCAUGUCGACAGCAUCCGCCGCCUCGUCCUCCUCCUCGUCUUCUGCCAGUGAGAUGAUCGAAGCGCCAUCGCAGGUCCUUAACUUCGAAGAGAUCGACUACAAGGAGAUCGAAGUGGAAGAGGUUGUCGGAAGAGGAGCUUUUGGAGUAGUUUGCAAAGCUAAAUGGAGAGCAAAAGAUGUUGCUAUUAAACAGAUAGAAAGUGAAUCUGAGAGGAAGGCUUUCAUUGUGGAGCUCCGGCAGUUGUCACGUGUGAACCAUCCUAAUAUUGUAAAGUUGUAUGGAGCCUGCCUGAAUCCAGUAUGUCUUGUGAUGGAAUAUGCAGAGGGAGGCUCAUUGUAUAAUGUGCUGCAUGGUGCUGAACCAUUGCCUUACUACACUGCUGCUCAUGCCAUGAGUUGGUGUUUACAGUGUUCCCAAGGAGUGGCUUAUCUGCACAGCAUGCAGCCCAAAGCUCUAAUUCACAGGGACCUCAAGCCUCCAAACUUGCUGCUGGUUGCAGGAGGGACAGUUCUAAAAAUCUGCGAUUUUGGUACAGCUUGUGACAUCCAGACACACAUGACCAAUAAUAAAGGGAGUGCCGCGUGGAUGGCGCCCGAAGUGUUUGAAGGUAGCAAUUACAGUGAGAAGUGCGAUGUCUUCAGCUGGGGUAUUAUCCUUUGGGAAGUGAUAACACGCCGGAAACCCUUUGAUGAGAUCGGUGGCCCAGCUUUCAGAAUCAUGUGGGCUGUUCAUAAUGGCACUCGACCUCCGCUGAUCAAAAAUUUACCUAAGCCCAUUGAGAGCUUGAUGACCCGCUGUUGGUCUAAGGACCCUUCUCAGCGCCCUUCAAUGGAGGAAAUUGUGAAAAUAAUGACUCACUUGAUGCGGUACUUCCCAGGAGCGGAUGAGCCGUUACAGUAUCCUUGUCAGUACUCUGAUGAAGGGCAGAGCAACUCAGCCACCAGCACAGGCUCAUUCAUGGACAUUGCUUCUACAAAUACCAGUAAUAAAAGUGACACAAAUAUGGAACAAGUUCCUGCUACAAACGACACUAUUAAACGCUUGGAAUCAAAACUGUUGAAAAACCAGGCAAAGCAACAGAGUGACUCUGGACGCCUGAGCUUGGGAGCCUCUCGUGGAAGCAGUGUGGAGAGCUUGCCCCCAACGUCUGAGGGCAAGAGGAUGAGUGCUGACAUGUCUGAAAUAGAAGCGAGGAUCGUGGCAACUCCAGCCUAUUCCAAGCCUAAACGGGGCCACCGUAAAACCGCUUCAUUUGGCAACAUUCUGGAUGUCCCUGAGAUCGUCAUAUCAGGCAACGGGCAACCAAGGCGUAGAUCCAUCCAAGACUUGACUGUUACUGGAACAGAACCUGGUCAGGUGAGCAGUAGGUCAUCCAGCCCUAGUGUCAGAAUGAUCACUACCUCAGGACCAACCUCAGAGAAGCCAGCUCGCAGUCAUCCUUGGACCCCUGAUGAUUCCACAGAUACUAAUGGCUCAGAUAACUCCAUCCCAAUGGCAUAUCUUACACUGGAUCACCAGCUACAGCCUCUAGCACCAUGCCCAAACUCCAAGGAAUCCAUGGCAGUGUUCGAACAGCAUUGUAAAAUGGCACAGGAGUAUAUGAAAGUUCAAACAGAAAUCGCAUUGUUACUACAGAGAAAGCAAGAACUAGUUGCAGAAUUGGACCAGGAUGAAAAGGACCAGCAAAAUACAUCUCGUCUGGUACAGGAACAUAAAAAGCUUUUAGAUGAAAACAAAAGCCUUUCUACUUAUUACCAGCAAUGCAAAAAACAACUAGAGGUCAUCAGAAGCCAGCAGCAGAAACGGCAAGGCACUUCAUGAUUCUCUGGGACCUUUAAAUUUUAAAAUAUGCAAAGACCUUUUUUUAAGAAAAGACAAACCAUUAUAACAGUUCAUGAGUGUUAGCUUUUUGGCGUGUUCUGAAUGCCAAAUGCCUCUAUUUGCUGCAUUUGUUAUGUCAGUUAUUUUUCUUCUUAUGGUGGAUAUAAAAUCCACUGUCUUGUUGCAUCAGACGAUAGCACCUGUGGCUUGGGAAGGCAAGAGUUCUCAGCUUCAGAGCACUUGAAGUGAACUUGGCUGUAUAUGCAUGCUUCUGGUGUGAGCUACCUGACAGGUGGGGUAUCACACUGGCUACUGUGUGGAAGCAUCGUCUUUUCUCUGUAGUAAAAGGUGGGACCUCAAGAAUUUUCUACAUAGCGCUCAUCUCAAAAAUCUGGUAUUUCCCCCUAUAGAUGGUAUGCACCAAUGUAAAGACAGGGUAUUAAAAUAACUGGUGGUACAUUACAGAGGGACAGAACGUUGAGGCUGAGUUCAAGACAGGGUUUGUGCCCACACAUCCUGGUCAAUACAAACUGUAGUCCCAGCAGUUAGUGUUAAAGGUAAGUUCGGCAGCUGUGUGUGUGAAAGCCAGUUUGCUGAUUUUCAUAAGGCUGAGCAACGCCUCUGCGACACUGAUGACACACUCUUUUCUACACUCUUCCCGUUUUCAGUCCUGGGUGAAAACAGAAGCUUUUCUGACUUUUAAUAUUGGUAGAAGAUGAAAUUGAAAGAUCAUGAUGUAACUUAAUGAUCCUUCUUGUAGCAGUUACUGAAUUGUUUUAUGAUAUAUUUGAAGAAAAUUGAAAAAUAAUGGAAACACAAAUAAUUGGCCCAGCUAAAAAUAAAAAAGGCUUGAGCUUAGAUAUCUUAUGUGUCUCUUAUACCAAAUAAGGAAGACAGCAGGCAAAUCAGAAGACUGGAAUAAGGAAGAUAAAAGAGUAAAAUUAAACCUACUUUUUGUAGCUAUUUGGAGGAUUUGUUUCCUCUGAAGUCAUUUCUGGAAUGCCUGCUGCCUUCCCAUGCUUUUAAGAGAAUUUGAACACUUACAAAGAGAGUAUUUAUAUUGUUAACAAUAAGUUUACUACCAACCUUCAAAAUAACUUAAACGUAAUAAUAAAAUCCCAUUAAAAAAGAUAAAUUCCCUAAGAUCUAUUUUUUCACUCCAUGUUAACACAUUUUGAUACCACUCCAUGAAUGUCUUUUAAAUCGGAUGCCGUCAGCUUCACUUUUAUAGUGUUCAUGUUUGUAAAAAGAAUAUCUGGAACUAAAAGAUGAUCACUGUGGUCCUUAGACUGGACAUCUAGCAUGUAUCUGCUGUGUUCCAGAUGAGCACAAGAAGCUAUCAGAGGUGUUCUUUAAGGCUAAAACAGAUAACCUUUUUUGUUAUUUUUUCCUCUGGGAGUUUUAUAAUGUAUCCCUUCUGUAUACAGUAAAGGUAAGGGACAGUUUAUAGCAACAUGUGCCUUCCUCAAAAUCUGUUAGUAGAAAGCUCCUGGGAGCUAAGUGUCUUCUUUCACUUAAAUAAAAAAGAAGAUUAUAUUCCCAUAUUCUAUUAGGUGAAGUGAAUGUUGAACUCAGCGUUAGUAGUCAAAUAAAACUGACACAGAAGAUAGCUGUAGACUGAGACAAAAGACCAGCUCCGCCCUGUCACUGCUACCUGUGUGUACAUCUGGCACUCCGCGGAAGGGCCAUGGUCUCUGUGAGGCAGCAUGUUGAAAGUAUCUUGACUUUGCAGUAGAUUCUAUGUUACAUGGAUGCAAGCUCAUUUCUAGCCAGUUGUUUUGCAAGAUCAUCCUACAACUAAAGGAAAUUUUGUUAUCAUCAUCGUAUGUAGUCAUGUGAUGAAAGUAUUCAAAUAACCAAAUGAAAGAAAAUGCUAUAUUUACUCACGGUACCAAUGUCAAAAGAUUGUUAGCAGUUAGUUGCUUAUUUAUGCUCAGUUCCUUGGGGUUUUCAAUACUAUAGUCCUGGACAGCCUUAAGUAAGUGCAUCGCCACACUCACAUGUAUUUUUAAAGCUCCAGCUACCCAGAAGGUGAGCACACCAUCCGUACUUGAAAUCUGUACCAGUUUCCUCAGUGUCUCUACCUAUAAAACCUUCAAAUAACCAACAUACCAAGGAGCCAGAUGGUCACUAAUUGUUCUACAAUUUAUUCAAGCCUCACUUCUUGGCUGGAAGUCGAAAACAGGCAGACAGGUUUGUAAAUUGAUGACCAAGAACCAGACAGUUCCUGCAGACACUAGUGGCAUUUUGUUUUCGCUUCCAGGAAAAGAAGCAAGGUUGUGUGGUGUGCAGGGAAGCCCUCCUCAGCAAUAAAACCAUGCUCUGGGUUGAAUUAAAGUCAGUUAAGAACGUUACUUUGCAGUCACCUGUCAUACUGAAAACAUCUACUUAAAGUUAUUUACAAGUGGUCAGCUAUUUUUUGCUGAAGUAUUUUUAAGUAGUGAAUGUCUUUUUCCUUCAAAUUUCUGUCAUGCUCCCAAGUCCACCUCCUACUGCAGCCAGAGGUUACCGGUGGUUUUGUUUCCCCCUCCUCCGUGUGUGUGUGUGUGUGUGUGUGUGUGUGUGUGUGUGUGUGUGUGUGUGUGGUCUUUAACACCCAGCUCCUCUCUUCACAAGCUAGUAAGUUCUACUUUUACUCCUGUCGUUCAAGUAUUUCUUGUAAGAUGAUGUGAUGCAGAAAUUCUUGUGGAUACUAUGUAACUGAAGGAGGCUUUUUGGAUUUAUUUUUGUUUUUAAUAAAAUUCAGAUUGUUAUUUCAGGCUGGUAUGUAGAAAUGGUAGCUGGCUUCUCUGCGCGACUGAGCUGUGGGUUUGUCCAGUGGUGUUUAUACCUCAUGCACACAAAUAGCUGAAUCACCAGUUUCCUAGGAUACUCAGCAUGCUGUAUCAUAAUCAUGAGUCAUCGGGCUGGAGAGAAGGCUCAGCAGUUAAGGCCACUCACUACUGCAGAGAACUAAGGUUCUGUGCCCAGCACCCACAUGGAGACUCACAACUCUCUGCAACUCCAGUUCCAGGAGAUCUGACUCCUUAUGUUCUUGAGGGUUCUUGUACACAUACAGACACACAUUACUUAAGUGAGAAAAAAAUCCUCUUUAUUUUUUCAUGGGCCUUCUUUAUAUUUUUGGAGUACAGCAUAAAAGUGACUGACUUCUCACUGCAAACUUCUUAUUGUUUUUUCUAAGCUACAGUAAGCAUUUUGCUUUAUAUCAAGUAACCCUCCAGCUUAUUAGAUAAGCACACAUAUUUUAAUUUCUAUCCUUUAGUUUCCUUGCUCCUUCAGUAUUUAGUGAUAAGCUAAGCUACUGUUACUAAUGUCAAGCUCCAUGUUCAUGUUGGCCUCACUGUAGAAGCAUCCCUUAGCAUCCUGUAAGAUGCCAAGGGCUAGGUAGGGUUCCUAAGGUGAGCCUUUGUCCCUGGAUCUGCUCUUCUGCCAUCUCCAUCUGUGUGGGUGGAGUCACUUGUGUGGAGACUGCCCAUUAAUCAGCAGAGGAAACAUUUCUACACCUCCUCAACCCAAAUAUCUGUUCUGGAUGACUGCGGCGUUCUUAAUGUCCCCGUGAAUUGGAGGGUGCUUCAGUGUUGGCACUUAACUCAGUUGGAAUUCGCUUUUCCAUCCGAGAGACAAAAUGCCCAAAAUGGAAGUACAAGUAAAGCGUACUGGGCCAACUGAAAGAAGAUCCGCCAGCACACAGGAACUAAGCUGUGGUCUGAACUCUGUCAUCUUUGCUGUGGUGAUAUUUUUGUUUCUGUCUAUUAGAAAGACUUAUAUUUAAUUAAGGCAUAAUUAUGUAUAAUAAACUACAUCCAUUUCAAAGUG